GCUUUCCUUUCGCGCUCGCACAUGGGCACUGGCUGGCGAGGGGCUGCCAACCCGUCUAGAGUUAUUCCAGGAAUGUGUUGAACAUGGCCGCCGGGAUGAAAGCGCAGAAAACUGGACUGCUGGAACUUCGAGUGUCUGUGGAUCGCUGGGUCCGUGUGUUAGCCGUCCUCACCGAGGACACACUGACGGUGAGCCCCGGAGAAGGCGCCGCCGAGUCAGGCAACCCCACUCCGAAUCCAGCCGGAACAGUGAACGGGGACCCGGCGAACCUCAGUUCUAGUUCUCCGGUCCCCGAAACUAUCACCAACGUCAAGCGCACGGUGAAAGUAACCAAGCAAGAUGUUGGAGGACUUGGAAUCAGCAUUAAAGGGGGCAAGGAAAACAAAAUGCCCAUACUCAUCUCCAAGAUUUUCAAAGGGCUCGCGGCAGACCAGACGGAGGCGCUGUACGUGGGUGACGCCAUCAUCUCGGUCAACGGCUACGACCUGCGAGAAGCCACUCAUGAUGAGGCCGUCCAGGCCCUGAAGAAGACGGGCAAGGAGGUCAUCCUGGAAGUGAAAUAUAUCAAGGAGAUGUCGGCCUACUUUAAGAAUGCUUCGCCCGGGGCCGCGGUGCCCUGGGACUCCCCGCCGGCUUCCCCCCAGAAACAGGCCGAGCUGAAAGAGAGCCGAGCCAUCCCCCUGAAAAUGUGCCAGGUCACCAGGAGACAGUGUCCGCCCGAUACAGAGAACCGGUACCUGGAGGUGGUUUCCUCAGACAGGAAGUCCUCCUUGUUCCUGCGGGCGAACGACCCGGCGGUGGCGCUGUCCUGGUACAACAGCAUCCUGUCUGGUGCCAACGCCCUCCUGCCCAAAGUCAAAGAGGAGCUGAAGAGCCUGCAGGGAGGCCUGGAGGUGAAGCACGUGGGCUGGCUCGCUGAGCAGCCAUCCCAGGGCCCAGAGAAGCCGCUGCUGGGCCUGCUGACUGAGAAAGACCUGGUUCUCUACCGCACGCUGCCAGACGGCAAGGAGGCCCUCGGGAGUCCCGAGCACAGUCACCCCCUCAUCACCACCAGAUUGGUUCAUUCAGGCCCGGGGAAGAGCUCUCCCUUGCAGGACUCUGAGCUCUCCUUUGCCCUGCGCAGCGGGACCAGGCAGGGGGUGGAGACACGCGUGUUCCGGGUAGACUCGGCCAAAGAGCUGUCCGCCUGGACCCACAUGCUGGUGGAAGGCUGUCACAAUGCUGCGGAGCUCAUACAAGAGGUCACUACAGCGUGCAACUGGAACGGGAAAGAGUGCACCCUGGGAGUCCACAUCGACGAGGGCUUCACCCUCUUCACGGAGGAGGCGGGGAUCAGGAAGACGGUCCUGCUGCAGCAGCCCUUCGAGAAGCUGCGCAUGUCCUCCGACGACGGCGUCCGCAUGAUGUACCUGGACUUCGGCGGGCCGGAGGCAGAGAUCCAACUGGAUCUUCACUCCUGUCCCAAAACCAUCGUGUUCAUCAUCCACUCCUUCCUGUCCGCCAAGGUCAAGCGGCUAGGCCUGUUGGCAUGACGACGGCACGAUACAAACCUUCAGAGCCCAUAGGGGGGAGAAAAAUGCAAAAAUGUGUCGGACUGGAGAAGGGGGUGGUGAGAGCUGAGAGGCAGGGUGCUCUAAGCAUUACCGGAUCUCUAUUGGGCGCAGCCCUCUGCCAGACUCCUCCCCCUUUAUACUGAAAUCAAGGGAAACAUAGUACUGUACCAGGCCUCCUCUGCUUCUGACCUCACACACAGGGGGUGGGGCCUGUCUCUAAAUACCUGCACAGGUUUGGACAGCACGGAAUGUCAGAAGCUGAAACGCACUGUCAGCCCAAUUCACAGAGGUACCAAAUCAUGUCAUUUCAAACCAAAAAUUGCAUCCUGUCUUUUUUUUUUUGUGAUAUUGUAACACUUCUGAUCCAGUUUGCAUAUGUGUGUGUGUAUUGAAAAUCCCCACACAUUCAGAGGAUGAAUGGAAACACCGCUCUC